CCCCCUCUAUGCCCCAUCAGUUUUAGAAUUGUGCCGAGGGAGCUGUCGCAUCUGGCUGGACUCCAGCCACUACUUAGUUUUUAGUCAUUUCUUUUAUUUUUCCAUUACUAUUAACCCCAGGAGGAGUUCCCUUCGCCACUUGAUGAAAAGGGGGGUCCGGGUUUCCGGCGACCUGUCUAGCAGGGUAAGACCUUUCAGUGCCAAACUAUAGAGGUGCUGCCAGCGUUCUUACAGCCCACCUCGUCUCCUGAGGUCUUCGGUUGGUGAGUGCACUAGCUCUUGCACUGUGUCGCGGUCCCCCACUGCCCGCAGCAAGCUUCCUCCCUUUCCUCAGGGACACUAGAAACUGCGUGGCUCAGUAAUCCCGCUCUCUUGCGUUUCCACGCUGCCCGCAGCAAGGCCACUUGUUGACAGCGAGUACAGUGCGGCUCAGCGUUCCCGCUCGAGUCUCUUGCCUGUGCUGCUCACAAAAGAGUGCUGCUAGUACAGCGCAGCUCAGCACUAGCGCGAUCCCGCGCCGCCUGAAAGUCUGAAACAAACCGAGCGGUCGAUGAGAGGAUGGCACAGGAGGAGUUCCCCACGCCGCUUGUUGAGAAGCGUCCUGCCGAGCAGAUUCUGAUGACGGGCUCCCCAACCUGCGGCUAUGAGAGAGCUAGUCGUCUUCUACUACAGGCACUGGGCACUGGUUCUCAUGGAUUCUUGGCAGCUUACAAGGUUCUACAGAAUUUCCCAGGACCAUUUCCAUGGAUGAAUGUAUUGGAGGAACUGUGCAUGAAAGUGCCAAUCGUAGAUGGAUUCACCAGAGAACUAAUUUUAAAGCCAAGACUUGCCUUGCUUCCGCUGCAGCUGCAAAGGAACUUAUUCAGCAUCCUGAAUUUUGUGUUUCCCUUGUUGCCAACACCAUGUAUCCAGCUUGUGGCAGAGGCCAUCAGUGUGAAGGAUUACUUCUCAGAUGCUUGGUUACUCCACCUUACACAACAGUUUCUGAGAAACUGUGGCAUUGAGACCCCUCUCCUGAGCCCUCAUGUGAUAGAGAGACUGCAUAUACUAUGCACAGACCUAAACCCGGUUCUGGCUGAGCAUUCUAAAUUAGACUGGUAUAAAGAGCCUGUUCCCAAAGCAGUCAGUGAGAGGGAAGCCGUUCAAGAAGAUGUCGCUAGCCCUAAGUUAAGUGUUUGUACCAAAGAAUUGAGCACAACUGCCCAAUCACUGAGUCCGUCACCGGAAGCAGAAAUGAAGGAAAUAACCGCCACAGAGGAGAUUCUUCCUGCAUCCAUCAAGGCUCACAUCUCUAUGCUAAAACAAAGCCUUCAUCUAGACAUGGACUCUGAGUCACCUGACCGUGGAUUUGUGUUACAACUACAGACAAUCUGUGACUUGUGUAACCCCUUGCAGCUCCAAACUGUCCUCACCACUGUAGGUGUCUCACAGAUCUCUUCCAAAUGCCUUUUUCAGCUCUGUGUUCACCUGGAUGCCGUUUCACCAGACCUCAGUUAUGCUCACGCCCAAUCUUUGGCCAGCAGUCUCUUCCUUGAUCGGGUUCUCUCACUCGCGUCACCUGCUUCUCGAUCUCUUACUGCGGCACUUGCUGUGUUUUCCAACAAGUAUGCACGGCCAGCAUGCAACACUCUAAUUGGUCCAGUACUGGUUCAAGCAAAAACAGGUUCCGUGUAUGCAGAUUUUCUCUGUCGAAUGAUAACUGAAUGCCUCGUGUCACAUCAGUUGCAUCUUUGUUUUAGUCCUAUCCUAGAGGUACCAUGCUCUGAAGUCUCUAUUAGUGUUUUGCACUUGUUGACUGAAAAGAAGGAUAAAUUCUCUCCCUCUGAGUUUGAUCUCCUACUUAACUUCCUCUGUGAUGCUGCUGACAAUUUUUCCAAGUCUGUAACAUUUUCCAAAUUGCUGUUAGUCCUGUUAACAAGCAAACAUGACCUGAUUCAGCCUAAUCAUAUUGGACCUUUAACCAGUGCACUUGCCUGCAACCAGACAUUCAUGAAAAAGUCAUUGCAAAGUUCUUUGAAGAAACUACAAAAAAAUAUCAAGUGAUUUGUGUACAACAUACAUAAUAUUUUCGUAUGCCACUUUUAUGCAUGAAUGCCUCUCAUAGCUGCCAAAUGUACCCAGUUUUCAUGGGUGGACAAAUAUUAGACCGUUUUUGCCUGGGAAUUUCUGUCUUUGAACAUUUAUUUUUUUUCUUCAAUAAAUAAAACAUUUUUCUACUUUGUUAA